GAGGGCUAUGGCACUGGCAGUGAAAGUAGAGUGGGCAGGCUGGCCGUUAAAGAAAGUGCCUGCGCUCAGGACCCUCCUCUCUUCACUACGGCGCUUUUCGCCCGUUGUUCGCGAAACGUGAGGCCCUUCUGAAGAGCUCCGGUCCGUCCUAUAACGUUACCUUCCCGUUUCCCGUUGAUACGUUUGAAAGGAAGCUCCAGUCUAAUAUUUCCCCAGGAACACAUAUUGGAUUUUUAUUUAAUUUUUUUUAAUUGACCGACGCUAUAUUAACGGCUCCGGCCAUGGCAGCCAGCGCGAAGCGAAAACAGGAGGAAAAACACCUGAAGAUGCUGCGGGAAAUGACGAGUUUGGCGCCCAACCGAAAGUGCUUCGACUGCGACCAGCGCGGCCCGACCUACGCCAACAUGACCGUGGGCUCGUUCGUCUGCACCUCCUGCUCAGGCAUCCUACGAGGCCUGAAUCCCCCCCACAGAGUGAAGUCCAUCUCCAUGACGACUUUCACGCAACAGGAAAUAGAAUUUCUACAGAAGCAUGGAAAUGAGUUAUGUAAACGGAUAUGGCUCGGCCUUUAUGAUGACAGAAACUUGGUCAUCCCAGACUUCAGAGAACCUCAGAAAGUCAAAGAGUUUCUUCAGGACAAAUACGAAAAGAAGCGAUGGUAUGUUUCUCCAGAGCAGGCUAAGACGGUGGCGUCAGUUCAUGCUUCAGUCUCUGGUUCAUCUGCUAGCAGCACCAGCAGCACUCCAGAGGUCCGACCUCUCAAAACAUUACUGGGUGAAGCAGUAACCACUUUACACCUCAACAAAAACACACCCAGCCAGUCUCCGGUUGUGUCCCGCACUCAGCUGACCCAGCAGCAGCAGCAGCAUCAGGACAGGAAGUUCGAUCUGCUCAGCGAUCUAGGUGGUGACAUUUUUGCAGCUCCGCACUCACAGUCCACAGGCAAUGCAAACUUUGCCAACUUUGCACAUUUCAACAGUCAUUUGGCAGCGCAGAACGCACAUUCUAAUGCAGACUUUGCGAAUUUUGAUGCAUUCAAUAAUAGUUCUGCUGCUCAAACCACAGCGGCAUUUCCAUCAGCUCCACAAGCCUCAUUUCAACCCGCACAACCAGGUAGCUCAUCAGGACUGGCUAAUGCCAACUUUGCGAACUUCGAUAACUUCCCCAAAUCGUCCAGUGCUGAUUUCGCCUCAUUUAGCUCCACCCAGAAUAACUCUGCGGGAGAGGGGCAUAAAGUGGAAGCAGUCAGUGUCUCUGCAGACCGAUACGCAGCCCUCGCCAACGUCUUCGGCAGCAAACCUGAGCAAGGUACGAGUUCAGCCCCUCCGUCAGCAGGUGUGGGUCCUCCACCUCCACAAGCAGCUCUGUUUGGCGGCGAUCGCUACGCUGCUCUAGCAGAACUAGACAAUGUCUUUAGCCCCUCAGCGCCAAACGUGAGCAGCUACAACACUGCCACCACCGCACAAGGGUCUAUGUUUGGAUCCUCUGCGGCUGCUCCUCCAGUUCAAGCACAACAGGGUUUACCCAGCAUGCCUCAGGGUUUUGGAGGGCCUUCGACGAAUCCAUUCGUCGCUCCCGGGGCUCCGCAGGCCGCUCCCACUAACCCGUUUCAGACCAAUGGAAGAGCAGCAGUACCAGGAGUGGCUGUGGCCACAGCAGACACGUUGGGACCCCUUCUGGGUCAGGCUUACUCUGCGGCCCACUUCGCCUCUUUCGGUCCUCCGUCCAUGAGCAUGCCGACUGGGUUUGGAAACGCUGCUGCGUACAACCUUCCCACCAGCUUCAGUGGAAACUUCCAGCAGGCGUUUCCUGGACAGCCGUUCACCCAGCAGCACGCGUAUCCCCAACAACCCAACGGAGGUUUUGCUGCAUUUGGUCAGGGUAAAGUCACUCCGUUUGGACAGAACAUGACGGCCCCUGGAGUAACCAACAAUCCCUUCCUGGCAGGGGCACCAGCAGCACAGUUUCCUGCAGGAGGCUCAUCCACAAACCCCUUCUUAUAGCACGCCUUUGUCCUCUGCUCCUCCGGAGGGUGGCCUGUGACUCUUUCACACCUCUUGCACUGUUUUGUUUCUCAAGUAGCUUUAAAAAAAAAAAAACAUCAAAUUCUUAAAGAAUUUUUUUUAUUGAAUUUUAAGAGCAGAAGACUGAAAAAAAAAAAGCAAAGGAAUAUGGUCCUGUCUAUGGCACAUCCAUGAUGACAGAAAACAAAACAUGUUGCAGGGUUGUUUGGAGAAGAGGAAUUCCUGUGAACUGGCCUGACCUGGAAAUCAUCUGCACGACGUGGUUGAUUACUAUGUUAUUGCAAACCUCCUGUUCAUGUUAAUGCUGCAAUUCUGUAUAUAAUUCUUUCAUAGAAAUUGCUCAAGUUUAAAUUUUUGUGCAUAUCAGUAUUUGUAUCUUUAACACACAUACACACGCGUCCAAACACACAUGCUGCAUAUACGGCGUUGACAUCCGCCAUGCUGUGAAUAACAUUAAGCAAGAAUGUGGAAUCCCUUUUUGACAUCAUAGUGUCGCCUUUUUGUGCUUUUGGAGUUUCUGAGAAUGAGGCAAAAACAGUUUUUCCGUUACGAGGAGUUUAAACCACAAGACUCUUUUUGAAUGUCAACUCCUCCUGAAUUCUUGAGACUCAGACUCAAGACCACUUAUAUGUUACAGAAAUCUAAGUUAAUGUGUGUAUAUACAUAUAUAUAUAUGAAUAAAUAUAUACAAUAUAUAUUAAAAUGAAUUUUGCCUAAA